AGAGCUUUACAGUUGCUUGAUCGAAGACCAUGGGUUUGUCCGCACUCCAAUAGAGAGAGACACACGCACUCACUGUCAUUCACGCACACACUCUUUGAACUACGGGUAUAUCCUUACAUACUCGCCGUCGUUAUUGCCGUUGCUGUCGCUAUCGCUGCUGCUGUAUUCGUUUGUUGCUCUCGCUGUGACCGUCGCGUUGUUUCUAUUAUUGUAUUGUGUAACAUGCCGGCCUUACGCACACGACCACUCCGUCGCAAUGUUGUGGUGUGGGUGGCAUUCGGCUACUGGAUCGGCAGCUACGGCAGUGGGUGUCACGGCAUGAGUUUCCAACAUCCGGUACCGCACGCAUCGAACGAUCCCUCGCCGCAGGCUUCCGGGACGACGACCGAGGCGCACACGAGUUCCGGGUGGGGACGAAAUAUCGAAGCACGUUCCGCACGGGGUUCUCCGGCACUCACCUUACGCAGUACGGCUCUUUUAGUGAAUCGCAGUUCCCCGACGAACGCGGACUCCGUCUCGUUGUCACCAGCAGCAACAACAUCAAGACAACCCUUUUGGAAACGUUGGAGACUCCCCUUGGUCCAAACGCGUCCACCCGUUAGCUGUGCUGCCGCAGCAAUGUCGACAGAAACUCCGUGGGAAGACGGUGGGGAUCGAGACCGACGACGACACCCAACCGACGCUUCGUCCACCGCGUGUGCCGAACAACCGACCCACGGCGUCGCCACCACCCCGGGUUCUCCUUUGGUGCAUUGGUCCACGCGCCGUGACCCCACCCGACCUUCUCCGACUCAUGCCAUCAAGGAUCCGGUUCCCACCAACAACAAUGACACAACCAACAACGACAUCAAAAACUCGACUAUUACAACUACUACCGCCGCCGCCGUACUCGUCGAAACACUCCCCUCUACCGUCGACGACACGCAGGACCAAAACAUCACAAAGCCCACCAAAAUACAAAUUCACACCUACCUGGACCCCCGCUCACAACACGUUUGGAAGGCUCUCAACACGGCCCCCGAAAAGUUUUUCGCCUUUUUGAAAUACUCGGGUCUGAGCCUGAAGCGUAAUGAGAUCCGAACGGAACAGCUGGCCGUAGACGGACCGGCGGUCAACGCGACCGCGCAAACCACAAUCCGCGACGAAUGGCGUCAGCUUUGGAAGGAGGGUCGGCUGUUGACGGACCGUACCGAACUUCUCGCCGUAUACCCCAGCGAUCAGGACGCGGCCACCGCCACUCCUACAUCCGUAGCCCCUAAUCGCGGCGGCUUUACGGAUUUGCUCUCACUCUAUACCGAGCGAGUCGCGGCUAUUCUAACAGACGAGAGGACAGACGCAGCGCGCGACGGCGGCUUUCUGGUCGCUUGGCUGGAACAACAUUACGGCGUAGACCGCAUUGCUCAACUCCAGGCAGGUGCUUUACAAACGCGGUCGCACGAGCAGCAGUUGAAACUUUGGAAGGCAUUUUUGGAAUGGUUCCGCUCCUAUUUUCCCUAUUUUUAUGAUCGAUGCGAGUCUUGUCAGGCAUCCAUGAAGGAAGACACUGAUCGGAACGCCAGUUCAGAACCGGAUAGCAAUGCGGAUUCUGACGAGCCAGAUCACCAGACGUUUGUAGGGUACGUCUAUCCACGAAUCGACGAAUUAGUCGGCAAAGCCUCACGUACAGAAUUGUACCAGUGUCACAAAUGCGGACAUUUUACACGCUUUCCGCGUUUCAACGCAGCCUCGCACGUAAUGGAUCAUCGUCGCGGUCGCUGUGGAGAGUAUAGUAUGUUGCUGUUUCGUAUCUUGCGAGCUCUGGGACACGACGCACGGUGGGUCAUUGACUGGGCGGAUCAUGUGUGGGCCGAAGUUCUGCUGCCACCCGAAACGACCACGCACCACGAGGCGGAGCAGACACCGGGUACCCCACGAUGGGUCCACAUGGAUCCGUGUGAAGCCGCGGUGGAUCAUAAUUUGCUCUACCAGGAGUGGGGAAAGAAGCAAACAUACAUUUUGGGCUUUUAUGCUCCUCGCGAUGGGACCCCGUCGACUCCACUGACGCAAGAAGCGAAGCCCGUUGCGGAUGAUUCUACUACACGUCUCUUGCCAAUGAUCGAAGACCUCACGCACACGUAUACAUCGGAUUCGUGGAUCGACAUUUGUCAAAGGCGCGACGAGUCGGAGGAGCAAGUCAAGACUUCAAUUAGCAUCGCUGUGAUGGAUUUGCACGACCGACUGACUCGAUCUGAAGAGAGCGACCCACAUUUAACCACGCAACAGAGAUAGUCCAAUCCGCACCCCAUAGAGAUGAAUGAACA